AUGGCACCAGGAGUUGUUCAGAAUCCUGACACUAUAAUCAACAAUUCCCUUGAUGCCAUCGCUACAAGUCACAAUGGGGACCUCAUCAGUGAAUUCCUGGCAACAGAAUCUAUAAAGUCAUGCCCCAUUGAUCAUAUUAAUGGUAGUACCAACUUAAAUGGCCAGAAUGGUACAGAAAUUAAUACAAUCAAGAAAACCGAAGUGAAAAAAGUCCGGAAGGUAAUAAGGCCUAAAGUACUGAAGAACAUGGAGUCCAUGGAAUACCUCUAUGAUCGUUUAUAUGAAACUGAGUGCCCUAGAAUUCCAACAUUAUGCAACGAAAAGUCAUGCUUGGGCAGCGUUAUGGCUAUCCCAGGUCGGGGAGAUGUUCCACGAGAACAGGAGGAAGUCCUCAACGACGCAAAGGAUUUCUUAGGACAAUACUUCGCUUCGAUCAGGAGAGCCAACACCCCAGCUCAUGAGGCUCGCUGGGUUGCAGUGCAGGAGGAAGUGGCGAAAACGGGCACAUAUCAAUUGACCACCACAGAGCUGGUGUUCGGGGCUAAGUUGGCCUGGAGAAAUGCCAGCCGCUGUAUAGGAAGAAUACAAUGGUCUAAGUUACAGGUUUUCGACUGCAGACAAGUUACUACUACAAGUGGUAUGUUCGAAGCUCUUUGCAAUCAUAUCAAGUACAGCACAAAUAAAGGAAAUAUCAGAUCAGCGAUUACUGUGUUCCCUCAGCGUACUGAUGGAAUGCAUGACUAUAGAAUAUGGAAUAGUCAGUUGAUCAGCUAUGCAGGAUACAGGCAACCUGAUGGCACAGUCCUCGGUGACCCCAUGCACUGCGAGUUUACAGAGUUGUGCUUGAAACUUGGCUGGAAAUCACCGCGCACUGCUUGGGAUAUUCUGCCAUUGGUUCUGUCCGCCAACGGGAAGGACCCGGACUACUUCGAGAUCCCCAGAGAACUCGUCAUGGAGAUACAUAUGACUCAUCCAACGUACGAAUGGUUUGAAGAGUUGGAACUGCGUUGGUACGCUUUGCCGGCUGUUUCUAGUAUGAGGUUCGAUUGUGGCGGAAUAGAAUUCACCGGUAAUGCAUUCAACGGUUGGUACAUGAGCACCGAAAUCGGUUGUCGUAACUUUUGUGAUACCAACAGAUUGAAUAUGUUGGAGAAAGUGGCUCAAAAGAUGGGCCUCGAUACAAGGACACCAGUGAACCUUUGGAAAGACAAAGCUCUUGUUGAGGUGAAUGUUGCCGUACUGCACAGCUUCCAACAACAAAACGCGACUAUAGUAGACCACCACACCGCUUCUGAGAGCUUCAUCAAACAUCUUGAUAACGAGAAUCGACUCAGGUCUGGAUGUCCCGCUGAUUGGAUAUGGAUAACACCACCAAUGUCUUCAUCCAUCACUCCCGUGUUUCACCAGGAGAUGGCUUUGUAUUAUUUAAGACCAGCUUAUGAAUACCAGGAGCCAGCAUGGAAGACGCAUCAAUGGCAGAAAUCUAAGCCAAUCACAGGCAAGAGGCCCAUAAAUAGAAAGUUCCACUUCAAGCAAAUAGCCCGCGCUGUGAAAUUCACAUCAAAGCUCUUCGGUCGAGCCCUCUCGAAGAGAAUUAAGGCGACUGUGUUAUACGCAACUGAAACUGGCAAAUCGGAACAAUACGCUAAGGAAUUAGGGGUCAUAUUUGGACACGCUUUCAAUGCUCAGGUUCAUUGCAUGGCAGACUAUGAUAUAACAUCGAUAGAACAUGAGGCUCUUCUUUUAGUUGUGACAUCCACUUUUGGAAACGGGGAUCCACCAGAAAAUGGUGUUGCAUUCGGAGAACAUCUCUGCGAAAUUCUAUGUGCUGAUCAAGUUGGAGAUGAAUUAACUGGGAAUCAAAUGCUAACUCCAAAGUCUUUCAUAAAGGCGAACAGCCAAAUAGAAAUGCAGCGAUAUGCCGCCAGCAAUCCGAAGUUAAACAGACUAGAGUCUCUGAAAGGAAGCGCAACAGACGCAACAUCCAUUGAUAGUUUCGGUCCUCUUAGCAACGUUAGAUUUGCCGUAUUCGCACUAGGGUCCAGCGCUUAUCCGAAUUUCUGUAAUUUCGGAAAAUAUGUAGAUAAAUUACUUGGAGAACUCGGUGGAGAGCGGAUUCAUGACGUGGCUACUGGCGAUGAGAUGUGUGGCCAGGAUCAAGCUUUCAGAAAAUGGGCAUCAAGCGUAUUCAAUGUUGCAUGUGAGACGUUCUGUUUGGAUGACGACGAGACACUUCAAGAGGCAAAGAGGGCUUUAGGUACAGUUGCUCUUAGUGAAGAAACAGUUAGAUUCUCUAGAACCGGUGGCGGUAAGCCCCCUUCCCUACCAGCGGCUCUGCAGUCAGCUCUCAAUAAACAAUUCGUGACUUGCAUAGUGAAGGCAAACAAAGACUUAGGCGACGCUUCCGCAGAGAGGUCCACGAUUUUCAUUGACUUGGAACCCAAGAGUGAAAUUAAGUAUGACCCAGGAGAUCACGUAGGAAUAGUUGCUUGUAACCGCAAGGAAUUGGUGGAUAGUUUACUUGCUCGCCUUAAAGAUGUUGAUGAUUAUGAUGAGCCACUUCAGGUGCAACUUAUGAAAGAAACUCACACUUCAAGCGGACCGGUAAAAUCCUGGGAGCCACAUGAAAGAUUACCAAUUUUGAGUGUGCGGGACUUAUUUACGAGAUUUUUGGACAUCACCACACCACCUACCACUAUCCUGCUUCAAUAUUUGGCAACCACUUGUGAAAACGAAGAAGAGAAAAAGCAACUGAACAUUUUGGCUACGGAACCUGGGGCUUAUGAGGAUUGGCGCCACUUCCAUUUUCCGACUCUGCCAGAGGUUCUUCAACAGUUUGCUUCGGCCAGGCCUAGUGCUUCACUUCUCGCUGCACUGCUUUCUCCACUGCAGCCAAGAUUCUACUCAAUAUCAUCAUCACCUAUUGCUCACCCAAAACGACUGCAUUUAACCGUUGCCGUGGUCACUUAUAGGACACAAGAUGGUGAAGGUCCAGUCCAUUACGGUGUUUGCUCAAAUUAUCUGAUGGAUCGUAAACCAGGCGACGAAGUGUAUUUGUUUAUCAGAAGUGCGCCAAAUUUCCAUCUGCCUCAAGAUCUAUCGGUACCUCUAAUACUAAUAGGCCCUGGAACAGGCAUUGCUCCGUUCCGAGGUUUUUGGCAUCAUCGCCGAGCAUUACUCAACUCUCGCUCACGAUCAACUGCCGGCCCAGUUUGGUUGUUCUUUGGCUGUCGAACAAAGACUAUGGAUUUGUAUCGAGAGGAGAAGGAACAGGCUCUAAAAGAAGGUGUCCUAUCGAAAGUAUUCCUUGCCCUUUCAAGAGAGAAAAGCGUUCCAAAGAUGUAUGUUCAAGAAGUAGCAGAGAAAGAAGGAAGAGAAAUUCACGAUUUAUUGGUUAAUCGCGGUGCUCAUUUCUAUGUAUGCGGUGAUUGUAAGAUGGCGGAAGAUGUUCAUCAGAAGUUAAAAGGGAUCAUCAAGAAACAUGGAAAUAUGACAGAUGAACAAGUACAGAGUUUCAUGUUUGUAUUAAAGGAGGAGAAUCGUUACCAUGAGGACAUAUUCGGCAUCACACUUCGUACAGCAGAAGUACACAAUGCGUCACGUGAAUCAGCACGCCGCAACCGCGUUGCCGCUCAGCCAUGA